AAUAAUGGGUUUGCUAGUUUGAUUCGUUCAUCAUUUUUAUUCCAAAUAGAAUAAAAUUGAUUUCUGAUUACAGAUCUGUGUCUAGUUAGGCUUACAGUUUCUGCAAUUUUAAAAAUAGUAUAUCCCUUUAUAAUUUUAUAACUGUGUUAUCCAGGAUCAAAUAGUUUUCAGUGUAACUGCUUUGCUUAAAAAAUAAAAACAAUUUAUUGCUCCUGUAGCAUAUUUAGAAUUAAAUUGAUGCCAAAGCUUUUUUAACCGUAAUACGAUUUGAAAAAAAUUGUGACCAAAUUAAAUAAUUAUAAAAAUGCAAUCUUAUUUUUAAUAGUUGAAUCGAGUCAUGGCAAAACGUAUAAAUCGUGUUCUACUGGGGUUUGAAGAUGAAGCGAUCACUGACAAAUAUAAAAGUCAAGUAGACUUUACUUGCAAUAAAAUUGGUGGAAAGCCUGAUUGGCCCAAUGGAGAAAAUAGACAAAAUCCGACAUGUUGCCUGUGCAGUCUGAGUUUACCUUUGGUUCUGCAGAUUUAUGCACCGAUUGAAAACUCAUUUCACAGAACUCUCUAUAUAUUCGCUUGCAUCAACCCUAACUGUUGGAAUCAGAAUGGAAGUUGGGUAUGCCUGAGAAGCCACGUGCCGUGCGGCACAGGGGGUGGCGGCCGUGGCGUGAGUGGAGGCGUGGAGGUGGCGGUGAACAUGUCGACUGACUGGUGCGAGGGCGCCGACAAUUGGGAGGACGAGCAGAACGGCAACACCAUUGAGUUGCUAAGCAACCAGGUGUCGUCAGACGACGACCAUGACAAAAGCACGAUCGAGUUGCUAAGCAACCAGGUGUCGUCGGAUGAGGACCACGACAUUACCGCCGGUCUGGCCGAGUUGAACGUGAACCAGCGCAACACUAACGCUAACCGUCGCGGUGGCGGGAUGUCAGGAGCCGGGGGUGGUGCCAUGGGGCGGCUGCUGUCACCCACCGCCUCCGCCGAGAUUGAGGGUGGCGAUGAGAGUGAAGUGGUCACCAUUGAUACGCCGCCCACUGCGCAGGUCAACGUCAUAUCGCUUUUUGAGCAGGCCGCGCCUGUGCCACAGGUGCCGUCGUCGAGUCUGUACUUCUCGCCGUACUUCAUCUCGGUGGGAGAGGAGGAGCGGUGCACUUCCAACAGUCCGACCAACGCGGAGCAUGUGAGAGAGCUGAUGCACGGAUCGUCGCAUGCGGUGGACGGUGGCAGUGGUAAUGGUGGCGGUGGUAUAGGAGGCAGUGGCGAAGUCAGCUGCGAAAAGUACGAGCGUAGUCUGCCAGCGCACGGUGACAAGAUGUUCCACACCUUUCUCUGUCGGAUACAGUCCAAUCCUGGACAGUUGUUGAGGUAUUGCCGCGACGGCGGUUCUCCGCUGUUCCUGUACCCACCGCACGACCUUCCCUCGCGCUGCCGCUAUUGUCACGGCGAGCUGGCUUUCGAGCUGCAGCUGCUACCCACCAUCAUCCCUCGCCUACGCCUGGUGACGUCAUCGACCGGCUCAGUCGACCCGGCCGAGCACCUCGAGUUCGGCUCUGUCUUCCUGUUCGCUUGCCGUCGCAGCUGCUGGACCCUUGGUGACUCCUUUCGCGAGGAGCAGCUCUACGUGCAAGUCGAAAAGAUUUAGUUUCUGUGCCGGGUGAAUAUUUUUGUUUUUCUUUAUUUUCGUUUAUUUUAAUUUUGUUUUCCGGUGAACAUUUCUAAUUUAUUUCAGUUCAAUUUGUUUUUGUUUAUUUUCGUCCCGACAAAUAUUGUCUCCAAGUCAAUAUUUAUACUGUAUUCAAUGUUUUCUAUCUCGAACAUUUUUGAUAAAAUCUCCGAUUUUGUCUGAAACUUCUAAUUUUGUCUUCUGGGGAAUAUUUCUACUUUAUUUCAAUCUCAUGUUUUCUAUUUCGAACAUAUUUUUUAUAAUAUCAUUUGAUGAAUAACCCAUUCUGUACUUUAGUUUUUCCGUUCACCAUCUCAAACAUAUUAUGAGAAAAAUAUCAAUUUCGUUUUCUGACGAAUAGCCUAAGAGCAAGUCGACGUGUCUACGUGUAAGUCGAGAAAAUAAUUCAGGUCCAGUGCCCGUUAAAUUUUUUUGUUUAUUUUCGUUUCCGGCAUCUUGUAAUUUUGUCUCCUCGUGGAUAUUUCUACUGUAGGUCUACUGUAACAUUUCAAUGUUUUCUGUCUCGAACAUAUUUGAGAAAUUUUCUGAUGAAUAACCUAUUCCUUCUGUACUUCUGUUUUUCCGUUCACCAUCUCAAACUUAUUUGACACCGAUGCAGUGACAUGUAGAGGUGCGUACAGAUAUACGCGCUACGAACACACUCCGAACAUGACUGUUACGCGAGAUUUUACGCAAGGGUUCGCUAGAGGUUCGCAAGAUUAUCGCGCGCUUAUUGUAUUGUUGACUUGGCUACAGCCUAACCUCACAAAUGUGAAACGUUCAAUCCAGCUGAUCGGGUGACAAAAC